AUGCACAUUAAGAACUUGGUGAAAUGGAAAGGGAAGGACUUGUUUGACCUGGUAUGUAGGACCGUGGGGCUCAGGGAGUCCUGGUUCUUUGGACUUCAGUACAGUAUAAAGGACACUGUCGCCUGGCUCAAAAUGGACAAGAAGGUCUUGGAUCAUGAUGUAUGUAAAGAAGAGCCGAUCACCUUCAAUUUCCUGGCCAAAUUCUACCCGGAAAGCGCAGAGGUGGAGCUUGUACAGGAAAUCACACAGCACCUCUUCUUCCUGCAGGUAAAGAAAGAGAUUUUGGAUGAAGAAAUCUACUGCCCACCUGAAGCUUCAGUCCUCCUGGCUUCCUACGCUGUGCAGGCAAAGGUAUGA